AGCGUUGACCCUCUCGGAUCGUCCGUGCCUCCUCGGUGUUGAAAGCGAAGCGAAGAAGUGACGUUCGGUCGUUCGAUUUGACGGAAGAGUUGAGCGAGUCGAGCUUCGUCGAGCGAGUCGAGGGAGCGGAACCAGCUCGCGUCAGAUGCCGCAGUAAGGCCUGGUGAGGCCGGACCGGAGCGAAGCGAGGCGGGGCGUUCGCGACGCGUCGAGUAUCGGGCCGGCUAGACUAGGCUAGGGCGUCCGAUCGAAGGGAAGCCAGCCCCGCUGGGCCGAGGGCGAGGAGAGGCGGGCCGGACCGAGUCGAGUCGACCGGAGAGCACUCUCGCGAGGCCGAGGGGCAAACGAAACCGAGCCGUGCUCACGGGUCGCCGUAAUGGCUGCCGUGUCAUGAAAUGAAGGUGCCCCGUCGCUUUAGCCGUUCCACCAUGGAGGAUGUCUUCAGCCCGGACCUGCCCUCGAAUAAUGUCCGACAAACCUCGGCACCCGGGACGAGCGCGUCGAACGCCGACAACAAGCAUCAGACCCAGGAGAACGACGCCCAGGGCGCCAUCAAGGAACAGAGGCCGCAGUACUCCAUGCCUGGCAUACUGCAUUUCAUUCAACACGAGUGGGCCAGAUUCGAGCUCGAGAGGUCCCAGUGGGAACUCGACAGGGCCGAGUUUCAGGCCAGAAUAGCUUUCUUACAAGGAGAACGAAAAGGACAGGAAAAUUUGAAGAAUGAUUUGAUACGACGAAUAAAGAUGUUGGAGUAUGCACUCAAACAAGAAAGAGCAAAAUAUCAUAAAUUAAAGUACGGUACUGAUCUAGUACAAGGGGACGUAAAGCCUCCCCUGUAUGAGGAAAGCAGUACUUGCGGUGGUCCCAUCGGAGGAGGUGGCGAUGGGGAAACUCCAUUCACGUCGGACAUUAUUAGCUGGAGGCAAAGUCGUCAGCUUCUUAGAAAAUAUUUACAAGAGAUUGGAUAUACCGACACAAUCAUAGAUGUACGGUCCAACAGAGUGCGAACAUUGCUUGGAUUAAAUAACAAUACAGAUUCGGACGACAUGAACACCCCCGCGUUAAAUGGAAAUGAGUCUUCUAAUAAAAGAGCUAGUGAGAAUCAGGGUCGGCGGGUCCCAGCGAAAAAGGUAGAGCAACAGCCGACAUCCAUCGCAGAAGCGAUGAUCCUCGACACGGAGGCUGCUGUCAUGGCCAAUUUUGAGUUCCUAGCUCAGACUGACAUCGAUAUGGAGGAGGAGGAGGGAGACGUAGAAGAAUUACUCUUUAAUCCAAGUAUAGAGACCAAGCAGAAUAAGGCGGCGUUACUGAUACCAGAAGACUUGGACGCCGAAGCGGAAGAAGUAUUAAAUGAAUUAAAUCUAUUGACGGAAUCCUCGAGCGGACUGCCUUCCACUAUGCGUCGCACUUAUUGCUUCGACGUUGAAGAGGAAUAUGAACCUUUACCACCUAAAGCGGUCGCAGCUGAUCCGCGAUGUCCAGGUGACGAAGCUGAUUCUACCUUGGGACUAGGGGAAUUAGCUCAAUUGACAGUCAACAAUGAUGCCGAUGUAGCAUAUGAUAUGGCUGCGACCACAAAGGAGACGUUCAGGAAGACCUGGAAUGCAAAGUACACUCUACGCUCGCACUUCGACGGUGUCAGGGCCCUCGUCUUCCACCCCACUGAUCCCGUACUUAUCACCGCAAGCGACGAUCACACCCUGAAAUUGUGGAAUCUUCAGAAAACCGUUCCAGCUAAAAAAUCGGCUUCGUUGGACGUUGAGCCGCUGUACACGUUCAGAUCACACACGGGACCCGUGCUGUGUCUAGCAAUGUGCAGCACGGGUAGCUGUUGCUACAGUGGUGGACUCGAUAGCAUGAUCCACUGUUGGACUCUCCCUUCGGCCAACAUAGAUCCACAUGACUCUUACGAUCCCAGCGUACUCAGCCAAACGUUAACCGGACAUACCGAUGCCGUGUGGGGUUUGAGCAUGUACCAUCCGAGAUCGCAGCUCCUCUCGGUGAGCGCGGAUGGGACCGUCAAACUCUGGAGCCCGCAGAGCAAAGUACCUCUCCUCAAUACGUACACUUCCGAGAAAGAUGGCAUCCCCACUUCGGUGGACUUCAUAAGGGACGAACCGCAUAAGCUGGUCGUGGCGUACGAGGAGGCCUGCGUCGUGUUCGACGCCGAAACGGCUGCGAUAGUCGCCCGGCUGGAAGGCAGCGGAACGACCGGCGUGAACCGCGUCGUCGCCCACCCGACGUUACCGCUCGUCGUGGCCGCCCACGAGGACAGGCACAUCCGAUUCUACGAUCAUCGCUCGGCCACUCUCGCGCACGCCAUGGUGGCGCAUCUGGACGCCGUCACUAGUCUUGCCGUAGACCCCCAUGGCUUGUAUCUGCUCUCAGGAAGUCACGACUGCAGUAUAAGACUGUGGAACAUGGACAACAAGACCUGCGUGCAGGAGAUCACGGCGCACCGUAAGAAAUUCGACGAGAGCAUCUUAGACGUAGCGUUUCACCCGACGCGGCCGUUCAUCGCGAGUGCCGGGGCGGACGCCCUCGCCAAGGUAUUCGUGUGAGCAAUAAACCCAGAAAGGACGACGUUUCUUAUCUGUACCGUACAAAACGGUUUUUUGUACUCAUGUUCUUUUUAGAUAGUUUUACCUGUACGUACAUAACACACACCCGCCCACACAUACACACGCCCAAGCCCACACGCCUAGGUUUCGUUUUUAUUUCUUCUUCUUCUUCUUUUUCUUCCCCCCUUAAUCGAUUUGCCGUUGACUAUAGAGAGAGAGAGAGACAGAGAGAGAGAAAAACGGGGAGUCGCUCGGAUGCUCGCGCGGCCAUGGAAAGGACGACGAUUCCGAGAUUUUAUCCAGCCGAUCAUUUAAUCGAGCCUGUGUAAACGCUAUUUGUUAAUAUAGUCGAGACUAAGUAGAGAGGAAGACGCCUAAAUGGCGGGACCGCGAGGAGGAGAGAGAAAGAGAGCGGAGGGCCGUGUAGAAUAUUAAUUUAGACCCGAUUACGUAGACGACGGGAUGGAAUUAAAUGGAAGGGACCUCCGAUACGCAGAAUCCAGGGAGCACACUGCCGUGGUAGCAUAAUAUUUAUCUUUACAUUAACUAUUUAUUAUACUGAAGUCACAGUUACUGCUGCACAGCUGCCGGGGAGGGAGGGAGGGAUCGCGACAGUGGCGGUAAUCAAAGAACGUCGUCGUCGUCGCCGUCGUCUCACGAGGAUGUGCAAAUUAGUCUCCCGUUACGUCGCACUCGUGCUAAAUUCCACAUUAGUUCAGGCCAGUAUACGCUAAUAACAAGAAUAAUAAAUAUUGAUAACUCCUAAGUUAAUUAUAACGCUAUGGACAUAAUACUAAUAACAAUAAAUUAUAACUGUGUGUUUCACUGUAAUAUAUUGUAUUUAAGAAUAGACAACUGUGUACCUUAACGUAAACGAUUUCUUCCGUCACUUGAUGAAGGAUCUUCAUUUCUCGACACCCUUUUGUAGUCGCGGCCACUUUUUGCAAGGGCUACCGCGAAUGGAUCCGAGGGGAGAGCGUGUGGAAACCAUAUUUUCGUAAUGCCGCCGACGCCAGGCGAUCCGUUCGGCCGGCGAGUCGAGAUGAUUAAUUUAAGUUACUUUAGAGGAGUAUCCCAUCCCUUUUCGUUCUUUUGUAUGAUAUUUCCUUUAAUCGACGACGGACUUUAUAAAGCAUUAAAGAAUAUGUAUUGAGAACGGCAUUCUUAUGUAAUGGUGUAUGUAUUAUUAUUAGUACUAUUGAACAAAAAUACAGUCUACGUAAAACGUCA